GGGAGUGGUGAAAUAUCCGCCAUUGUAUUUGUUUAUGAUAACCCCCCCCCCCCCCCCCCACACACAAGGCGGCUCUCUCUCUCUCUCUCUCUCUGUGAAAAGGCAAGUCUAAACAGAAAUCUCAGAUACAAGCAAAAUUGAAUUACCUUUGAAGUCAAGCCCUCCGUAUUUAAUUCCCAAAAGUCUCUCAAAAACCCCAUUCAUCCCACCCUUCAAAUCCACCGAAAUCUCCGCCUCACAACCCCAUCAAUCUAGGGUUUUCUUUCUCUCUCCUCAACCUUCUUCCUCCCAACAUCAUGGCUUGAAUCGAAUUCACGCUUUCGUACCUUCAUUUGUUUAUUCCAUUUGCAGACUUGCAGUUGGGUUUUUCAUGAGGAAAAAAGAUGAUUUUUUUUUUUAAAGGGGGUCCAUCCGUUGGAGCUAGGGUUUUCAAAUUGCUUUCACUAUCAAACAACAGGUCAAGGCAUUGGUGGUUUGAGGAGUGAAUAGUGGCCUGCAUUCGUUGUUUAUAAACUCGAAUUAUCAAAAUGUCGGCAUUGAAUUGCAGCAGCAUCGAUUUGAUCAGCUAUUUCUUUCAUGUAUCUGAGUGGCAUCCAUUGCAAUAGCGCAGGCGGUCGGGGCUCGGAGCCCACAGAGCUUUGUAAACUAGGUUUUGUGAUCAACGUGGUUUAUUUGUUGCCAGAAGUUGCAAUUUUUCACUUGAUGGCUUAAGCUUAUGUUUGGUAACCGCUAUUCAUUUGAGAGUGUGACCCAAAUGGGCUGCUGCGGUUGUUUCCGACUUGCAUAUUCAAAAACCCCCAAAAUGUUAGCAAAGCCUAAGGCACGCAUGGAAAAUCACGCUUCACAGGAGUGUUUGCUGGAUGAAGAGCUAGAAGAUGAAGAUGAUAGUUCACAAAAUGGUGAUGGAAGUGAUACGGGACAUGGAGUUAAUGGUGAGCUGCGGAGCCCUACGAAGUGCUCUGAAGGAAUUCUCACGUACAGAACUCAACGCGGAUUAAUCUGUAGGGAAUUUCCUGUUAAGGAAACCCACAGGCUUAUUCGCUCAGAGGAUGAAAAUGGGAACAAAAUGAUAAAUGAAUAUGUCCGCGAAUUCAAGAUUGGCUCUGGUAGUUAUGGAAAAGUGGUUCUUUACCGAAGCACUGUUAAUGGGAAGCAUUAUGCAAUUAAGGCCUUUCACAAGACUCAUUUAUCAAGACUACGAGUAGCACCUUCUGAAACUGCUAUGACUGACGUGCUACGUGAGGUCCUAAUAAUGAAGAUUCUGGAGCAUCCCAAUAUUGUUAAUCUCAUCGAGGUGAUUGAUGACCCUACCACUGAUAACUUCUACAUGGUUCUGGAAUAUGUGGAAGGCAAAUGGGUCUUUGAGGGUUCUGGGCCAAUAGGUGGUUUAGGAGAAAUCAAAGCACAAAAGUACUUGCGGGAUAUAGUUUCUGGGUUGAUGUAUCUCCAUGCUCAUAAUAUCGUACAUGGGGACAUUAAACCCGACAAUCUUUUGGUCACUGCUGCUGGCACGGUGAAAAUCGGGGACUUCAGUGUCAGCCAGCUUUUUGAGGAUGGUAACGAUGAGCUACGCCGCUCGCCUGGAACUCCUGUUUUUACUGCACCAGAGUGCUGUUUGGGUCUAACAUACCAUGGCAAAGCUGCUGACACGUGGGCAGUGGGAGUUACUUUGUACUGUAUGGUUUUUGGCAAAUACCCAUUUCUUGGCGACACACUGCAGGAUACAUAUGACAAGAUUUUCCAUGGGUGCAAUUGCAUAAAAAUUUUCUUUCCCCAGAUUGCUAACCACCCAUUAUCACUUCCUGAUCACAUGAACCCCUUGCUGAAGAACUUACUAGAGGGGUUACUCUGCAAAGACCCAAUACAUAGGAUGACACUAGAGGCUGUGGCGGACCAUGCCUGGGUCUUGGGAGAAGGGCCUGUGCCUCAGUAUUUAUGCUGGUGUAAGCGUAAAAAGUUGCAGACGGAAAUAUCCAACAGGGAGUAGCCUAGACAAUCAAUCAGGCUCAUACUCACCACACUGUUUAAACAUAAUUUGUUUGUAUAGU